CAGCACCAGCAUCCCCACUCGGCUGAAAUAGCCACUGGAGAAGGAGGGGAAGGAGAGGGGUAGGAGAGGAAGACACAGGGGAGGAAGAGAGAGCUAAAAGCGGAGACUUAUAGCCCAUUGUGCUGCGCCAGCGGCAGGGUAGAAAAGUGGGGAAAGACCCACCCCCUUGGGAGAGAAUUCGGAGACAAAGGAAGCUUCAUGUUCAAAGGGUCAGUAGAGAGCAAAAACGAAGCAGCCAUGUCUGAGCUGGUCCCAGAGCCACGACAAAAACCAGUCGUACCAAUGAAACCCAUGGGCAUUAAUGCCAACCUGCUGGGCUACAUUGGUAUUGACACCAUCAUUGAGCAGAUGCGCAAGAAAACCAUGAAGACAGGAUUCGACUUCAACAUCAUGGUUGUAGGUCAGAGCGGACUUGGAAAAUCAACUUUGGUGAACACCCUCUUCAAAUCCCAGGUGAGCCGCAAAUCUUCAGGCUGGAAUCGGGAGGAGAAGAUUCCCAAGACAGUGGAGAUCAAAGCCAUCGGCCAUGUCAUUGAAGAAGGUGGUGUCAAAAUGAAGCUGACAGUGAUUGACACACCAGGAUUUGGGGACCAGAUCAACAAUGAGAACUGCUGGGAGCCUAUUGAGAAAUACAUCAAUGAGCAAUAUGAAAAAUUUUUGAAAGAGGAGGUGAAUAUUGCAAGGAAGAAACGAAUUCCAGAUACGCGAGUGCACUGCUGCCUCUACUUCAUCUCCCCCACGGGCCACUCCUUGCGGCCCUUGGACCUGGAGUUCAUGAAACAUCUCAGCAAGGUAGUGAACAUCAUCCCGGUUAUUGCCAAGGCUGACACCAUGACCUUGGAGGAGAAGACUGAAUUCAAACAAAGAGUGCGCAAAGAGCUAGAAGUAAAUGGAAUUGAGUUUUAUCCCCAGAAAGAAUUCGAUGAGGACUUGGAGGAUAAAACAGAGAACGACAAAAUCAGGCAGGAAAGCAUGCCCUUUGCCGUAGUGGGCAGUGACAAGGAGUACCAAGUGAAUGGCAAAAGAGUCCUGGGCAGGAAAACACCUUGGGGAAUCAUUGAAGUGGAAAACCUCACUCACUGUGAAUUUGCCCUACUUCGAGAUUUUGUCAUCAGGACCCACCUUCAGGACCUAAAAGAAGUGACCCACAAUAUCCACUAUGAGACCUACAGGGCCAAGCGGCUGAAUGACAACGGAGGGCUGCCCCCCAUGACUGUCGAGACAGAGGAAAACCACGAAAGUAACCUGUGAAUCACACUCCACCCCAGCUCCCUGCUGUCACCCGGUGUCUCU